AUGGCCUGGCGCCUUAGAACUUGUGAAUACUUUCUGCAGGCUCUGGCAGAGCUGCAGCAUAAAGAAUUAGAGAAUGUUCCUGAAUACCCCUCCUGCAAUAGCAACGUCAAACUGCUUUCCUCUGCCAUUGUCUACGAAAGGACGACCGCACAGUUCAAGUGUGAGGGCGCAGACGGCUUGCAGCCGGGCAACGACGGAAAGAAAUUCUGCAUGGACACGGCCUGCAGUACGACACCCUCGCUGGGUGAAGAUUUCGAGCUCGAUUACCAGUCCAGCCACGAGUACACGCUCAAAGUUGAAAAACAGCCACAGGACUCCAGGACGUUGUAUUUUUUCUGCAAGAAUAUCUCUGGGAGAGCUACUCUUCGACAAAGCAGGGCAGAGGCCGUGUCUGAACGGGAGGCCACUUGCACUAUUCAAAUUCUGGCGGUUGGCUCCACACCACUGGACAAGAAGACGGACCGAAACUCAGAUCAUGCACCUCGACGGCAACACCAUCGCCGCACCGUUACGGUCCUGUUCGUCCCGCUCGUUUCUAUCCUCGACAUGCACUCGCAGGAACUUCCCCUCGGGAGCUUCCGCGCGUUUGGACCUUCUGCACUGUCAUACUCACCGCAGUCAGCUGCGUCGCACUCAGAGAAGUGCAAAAACGGCAAGGACCUCUUCCUCAGCGUUACGCCGAACAAGAACAAGGUCGCAUUCUCGAGCCACACAGGAGCGUCUGCGUCACCAGAUAGCAUGGAGAACGCCUUUCAAGAUAGAGACGUUCAAACGGAAAAGCGUCUCACGGAGUUGGAGACGUGCAUCGCCGAUCGGUUGACGCAUGUCUACAUUGCUUCAGCACUGGCAGUCCCCAACCGUGCCCAUGGCAAGAUUGUUUCUUGGUGA